CAAGAAGCGGGGUCGCGAGGCAGCAGCAGCAGCAGCAGCCGUGAGCGCCUCAUUUCCGAGCCCCCCCUGGCGCAGGAGAAGGCGGGGGGCCCCUCGGUCCCCUCGCACCUCCUGGGGACGCCGUACUCCUUCGGGCUGCCCCCCAGCUCCGUGGUCCAGGACUCCCGCUUCCCACCGCUCAACCUGCAGCGCCCCGUCCACCACGUGGUGCCCCCCAGCGCCGUCACCGAGGACUACCUGCGCAGCUUUCGGCCCUACCACACCGCCGAGGACCUCCGCAUGUCCUCCCUGCCCCCCCUCGGCCUCGACCCGGCCACGGCGGCCGCCUACUACCACCCCAGCUACCUGACCCACCACCCCUUCCCGCACCCUGCCUUCAGGAUGGACGACUCGUACUGCCUGUCGGCGCUGCGCUCCCCCUUCUACCCGCUGCCGGCGCCGGGCUCGCUGCCCCCCCUGCACCCGUCGGCCAUGCACCUGCACCUCUCGGGCGUGCGGUACCCCGGCGAGCUGUCGCACUCCUCGCUCUCGGCGCUGCAGUCGGAGCGCAUCUCCAGCCUCGCCGCCGAGAGGCUGCAGAUGGACGAAGAGCUGCGGCAGAGGGAGAGGGAGCGCGAGAGGGAGAGGGAGAAGGAACGGGAGCGGGAAGCCGACCGGGAGCGGGAGAAGGAGCGCGAACGGGAGCGGGAGCGCGAGAAGGAGCUGGAGAGGGAGCGCGAGAAGGAGCGGGAGCGGGAGCUGGAGAGGCAGAGGGAGCGCGCCCGCGAGAAGGAGCUGAGCAUGGUGAAGGCCAUGGAGAGCCCCUUCCUGCCCAUGGCCGAGCUGCACGGGCUGCGGGGCCACCCGGCCGAGGAGCGGGGCAAGUCUUCGGAGCCGCUGGCACCCGGCAGAGCAGAGAAACUCAAGGACUCGGUGCUGGCCACGCCGAAGCCCAUCCAGCACCCGCUGCACCAGCCGCCGGCCUCGCACCACCCCGUGCCCAGCCUCAUCCCCAACCACAACGUGUUCCCCCUGCCCGGCAGCAGCGCGGCCACGGCGCUGCUCAUCCACCGCACCAACGAGGAGGAGAAGUGGCUGGCGCGGCAGCGCCGGCUGCGCCAGGAGAAGGAGGACCGCCAGUCCCAGGUCUCCGAGUUUCGGCAGCAGGUGCUGGAGCAGCACCUCGACAUGGGGCGCACCCCGAGCCAGCCCGAGCCCGAGCACCGCCCGGAGAACCCCAGGUCAGGACCAAGCCGCCACGAGCCGAGCGUCCGGGAGCCGGGGCAGCACUUCGGCGGCCCGCCGCCGCUCAUCUCCCCCAAACCCCAGCACCACCCCAUCACCACGUCCCUCUGGAACCCCGUCUCCCUGAUGGAGAGCCCCCCCCGACCCUCCCGGCGCCUCCCCGAGCCCCACGCCCUCCACGGCCACCCGGCCCCCUUCGAGCCCAGCCGCCAGGGCAUCCCCCUGGUGAAGGUGGAGCGGGUCUUCUGCCCCGAGAAGCUGGAGGACGGGGCGAGGAAAAGGGAGGCGCUGGAGAAAGACCCCCCGCCGCGGGAGCCCGGCGCCCCCGAGCACGGGGGCUUCGCCCACGCUCCCUUCCUGGCCGAGCUGGAGAAAUCCACGCAGAGCAUCCUCAGCCAGCAGAGACCCCCGUUAGCCCCAGCCGCCCCCUUCGGCGAGGCCGCCAAGCCCAGCUCGCCCUACAGAGCCCCCCCGCCCCGCGCCCAGGACCCCAUGUACAUCUACGACGAGUUCGUGCAGCAGCACCGCAGGCUGGUCAGCAAGCUCGACCUGGAGGAGCGCCGGCGGAGGGAAGCCCGGGAGAAAGGUUACUACUACGACCUGGACGACUCCUGCGACGACAGCGACGAGGAGGAGGUGCGGGCACAUCUCCGGUGCGUGGCCGAGCAGCCCCCGCUGAAGCUGGACACGUCCUCCGAGAAGCUGGAGUUCCUGCAGCUCUUCGGCCUCACCACGCAGCAGCAGAAGGAGGAGUUGCUGAGCCAGAAGCGGCGCAAGCGCCGGCGGAUGCUGCGGGAGAGGAGCCCCUCGCCGCCCACGGUGCAGAACAAGCGCCGCACGCCCUCACCGCGCCUCCCGCUCUCCACCCGCUACAGCCCCGACGAGAUGAACAACAGCCCCAACUUCGAGGAGAAGAAGCGGUUCCUCACCAUCUUCAACCUCACGCACAUCAGCGCCGACAAGAGGAAAGACAAGGAGAAGCUGGUGGAGAUGCUGCAGGCCAUGAAGCAGAAGACCACGCCGGGCGCCGUGGUGGUGAAGAGCUCGCCGCGGGACAGCCCCAGCGGCCCCGCCGUCGAGCCGUCGGUGCAGCCGCUGCUGCUGGACCCGGAUAAACCCGUGGGCAUCGCCGGCGCCGUGCCCGAGAAGCCGGUGGAUUCGGGGCGCUUGGAGCAGCUGCGAGCCCCGGAGCUCCCCAGGGCCAAGGAGCCGGCCGCCGUGCCCGCCGAGAAGCCCCGGCUGAGCGACGGGCACCCCGGGAAGAAGGCGCUGAGCAUCCUCAGCUACGUCCGGGGCCCCCUGCCCAAGGACAUCCCGGUGCCGCUGUCCCACAGCGUGAACGGCAAGAGCAAGCCCUGGGAGCCCUUCAUCGCCGAGGAGUUCGCCCACCAGUUCCACGAGUCGGUGCUGCAGUCCACCCAGAAGGCGCUGCAGAAACACAAAGGGGGGACGGCGGCGCUGACGGCGGAGCAGAACCACAAGCUGGACGCCUCCAUCCACUACAACAUCCCCGAGCUGCAGGCUUCCAGCCGCCUGGCCCCGCACAACGGCACGGCCGAGGGGCCCCUGCCCCACCGGGCGCUCGCCCCACUGCCGCGGGACUCGGCCUCCGAGGAAGAGGAGGAGGAAGAAGAGGAGGAGGAGGAGGAGGAGUGCCCCAGGCCCAAGUGGCAAGGGAUCGAGGCAAUUUUUGAGGCUUACCAGGAACAUAUAGAAGAACAAAACCUGGAGCGCCAAGUGCUGCAGACCCAGUGCCGGCGGCUGGAGGCGCAGCACUACAGCCUGAGCCUGACGGCCGAGCAGCUUUCGCACAGCAUGGCGGAGCUGCGGUCCCAGAAGCAGAAGAUGGUGUCGGAGCGCGAGCGGCUGCAAGCCGAGCUGGAUCACCUGCGGAAGUGCCUUGCCUUGCCCGCCAUGCAGUGGUCUCGGGGUUAUUUCAAGGGGUACCCCAGGUGACGCUCCUCGGGCUCGGCCGAACACAUAGUCUAGAAAUAAUAAUCUAUUUUAUUACCUUGAAUAUUUAAUAUUUUUCACUGGGAGGUUUGAAGCUAAAAAAUAAAAAAUAAACGUUAAAAAAAAAUAAUAAUAAUUAAAUUUAAAACGGAGAAUGUGCCAUGCAUGGAAGCAAAAGGAAGGCGGGAGCCGGGCGCUGACCCCGUCCCCCAGGGCAGCGCGCUGCGGCCCCCCCCCCCACACCCCCCACCACUUUAUAUAGCUCAUUUUUUAUUGUUAUUAUUA